AAUGCUACUGCAGCGCCAUCGAGCGAGUCGCGAGUGAAUUCAAUUAUACGAGACGUCACGCCCCCAUUUGCUCAAUUUAAUUAAUUUGAACAACAAAAGUGAAGGUUCUUGUCUGAAUUUGUACUUUUUAGACGUCAGAAUAAGAAAACCAGCUUUUCAGGGAGGUAAAAAAUCAAUACAAACUUCACAACAUGUUGUGCUCAUCGUGGCGGCUUCCCAGCCUUCUGGGCUCACAAAUUGUCCAAAAGGGGUUCCACACAAGCAGCGUUAACUACGAGUUGAGUCUUCUGAGCAGACUCAGGGUCGUGGACAACAGUGAGAUCGGCAAACAAGCCAUGGCGGAGGGAAAACCGCCUAAAAUAUUUCAUGUUUACAAUAAAACAGGCACAGGAACCAUAGGUGACAAGGUGAUGGUGGCGAUCAAAGGCCAGAAGAAGAAGGGAAUCAUAGUCGGUUGCAGACAAACACAGAAAGCAAUGGUGCCCCGCUUCGAUAGCAACAACGUGGUGCUCAUCGACGACAACGGUUCACCUCUCGGCACCAGAAUUCACGUUCCAGUUCCAAAUUUACUUCGAACCAUCUUGAGGAAGAAAACUGUUGCAAAGGGCGCCGACUACACCAAAGUUCUCGCAAUCGCCUCGAGAUUUGUUUGAAUAGAAAUCUCAGUAAUUUGAAUAGACAGUAGAUUAGUGUGCUUUUGUGAUAACUUAAGAUAAAAUGAUGUCAGCAAAAAACUAGCUGGAUUUAAAAUUUGAAUGUCAUUUCAAAGCAAAAAUAAUUAGAAGCCAUUUAUGUCGAUUCCUAGCAAUUUGUCAUAUGGCAAUGCAAAAAAAAAUAUCAACUUUCUAAUUAUAAUUAAAUUGUAAAUUAACUAGAGUUUAUGAGGUCC